UGAGGGUGCACGAAGGAGGGGCCUGGGUGAACUGGGUGUCCUCAUUGGUCAACACAGGCCCUCCCCCCUCCGUUUUAAAAGCCUGCUUUCUCACCUGAGAUACAAAAAAGCUGUAGCUCCUCGCCCAUUCACUUUUCUAUCAACUCUCUCGAGAAUAAAUCGAUUAAAAAAGAAAAUAAAAGAAACAAUCCAGGACCCUCUUUACGGAAUUUUUUUAUUAAGUGAUUUUUUCCAUCUAGCAGAGGUCUCGCAAAGGUUGAGAAAGAAGCACAUCGCCUCCUUGUGAACUGUAAAACCUGAAAUCCGAAAAAAGAAAACUGCUGUUCUCCGCCUCUCGCCACCGCUGCACGCCACUAUGCCGGGAUCAGUGGAUCGCAUGGAGCUGAGGAAAGUCUCCACCGAGGGUGAUGACGACAGCACCGGCAGCCUGGAUGACUGCUACACGGAGCCCAUCGACUCUGAGAAGGGUACCACCGACAGUCAGUUUAUGGACGACAAUGAGGACGGAGAAAGCCAGAAGUUCCUGUCAAAUGGGCUGAUGAAGAAGAAGAAAUAUGAGGAGUACCAUGAAGAAUAUCAUCCCGGCCACACCUCCUUCGGGAUGUCCGUGUUCAACUUGAGCAACGCCAUCAUGGGCAGUGGCAUCCUGGGCCUGUCCUACGCCAUGGCAAACACCGGCAUCUUGCUCUUUUCAAUCCUCCUCAUCGGUGUGGCCAUCCUCUCCUUAUAUUCUGUGCAUCUGCUCCUUAUGACAGCUAAAGAAGGAGGAUCCCUCAUCUAUGAGAAGCUGGGAGAGAGAGCAUUCGGUUGGCCUGGGAAAAUCGCAGCGUUUGGAUCCAUCAUCAUGCAGAAUAUUGGAGCCAUGUCCAGCUACCUCUUCAUUGUGAAGUACGAGCUGCCCGAAGUGAUACGCGCCUUUCUGGGUUUGGAGGAAAUCUCUGGUGAGUGGUACCUGAACGGGAACUACCUGGUGGUGUUCGUGUCGAUAGGAAUCAUUCUGCCCUUGUCUCUGCUCAAAAAUCUGGGCUACCUGGGCUACACCAGCGGCUUCUCGCUCUGCUGCAUGAUCUUCUUCCUGUGUGUGAUGAUCUACAAGAAGACCCAGCUGCCCUGCCCUCUUCCCUUCUUUUACCACCACUCGGCCAACCUCAGCAUGAACGCCUCGGACAUGCCGGGGCUGAACCGCACGGCGCAUAUGGAUUUCUCCCACUCUGACGUCUCCCCGGUGGUGCUCGGCAGCCACGACGCUCACUCCUCCACCGGCGUCCACGUGGCUCCCCACCCAGACGACGAGGAGAUGUGCACGCCCAAAUACUUUGUCUUCAACUCACAGACGGCAUACACGGUGCCCAUCCUGGCCUUCGCCUUUGUCUGCCACCCUGAGGUCCUGCCCAUCUACAGUGAGCUUAAAGAUCGCAGCCGUAAAAAGAUGCAGAAUGUCUCCAACCUGUCCAUCCUGACUAUGCUCAUCAUGUACAUGCUGUCAGCACUGUUUGGCUACCUCACCUUUUACGAAAAAGUGGAGGCGGAGUUACUCCACACCUUCACCAAGGUGUAUAAGUUUGACACCAUGUUGCUGCUGGUGCGUUUGGCUGUCCUCACUGCCGUCACUCUGACUGUCCCCAUCGUGUUGUUCCCUAUCCGCUCCUCGAUCACCACGCUGCUGUUCAGCGGGCGAGAGUUCAGCUGGAUUCGCCACAUGCUGAUCGCCGCCGCCAUCCUGGCAUUCAACAACUUGUUGGUCAUCUUCGUCCCCACCAUCAGGGACAUCUUUGGCUUCAUCGGUUCCUCUGCAGCCACUAUGCUCAUCUUCAUCCUACCUGCUGCCUUUUACAUCCGCCUGGUAAAAUCAGUGCCGUUCCGCUCCCCGCAGAAGAUCGGAGCGACCAUCUUCCUCAUCGUGGGAGUCAUCUUCAUGAUUGUCAGCCUGUCGCUCAUCGUCCUCGAUUGGGUCCACAACCCCCCAGGCUCAAGCGGCGGCCACUAAGCCCUCCUCAGAUUCACAUUUAACAGUGCACCCCGUUCCCUACCCAGCCUCAGCUGGUCCAGCAUCUGGGAACGGGGUUCAUCAGUGGUUCCCUUCCCUUCUCCAAAUCACAAACGUCAAUCAUAAACAAAUAGACAUAAUGUGCUGCACUGGGUGAAGACAUCUACAGUGUACUCCCCCAGAGAAUAUCUGGGGGAUAUCAGUUCUUUUAGUGGUUUUGUUUUUUUAUUGUUGUUGCUGUAAAGUUCUGGAUUAGACAGCACAAACCCGAGAAUCAAAAUCCAGAGAGGGGGAAACAGGACUCUGGUUUAAUGUGCCACCAACAAUGUGAAAUCAUUGUCCUCUUCCUUAAUAUUUGCAGCUAUGAAGAGAAGGAACAAACACAUACUGUACAGCCCUCACCGGAAGCAGAUCUGUGAACUGCGUUUUUUGCAGGGCUGGAAAGACAAUGCGAGUCCCUCAGUCCUCUGUGUACUUGAAGGAGACAAUCGGAGGUGGAGUGUGUCGUCCUCCAUAAAACAAGGAGCACUUCUAGCAUUACGUUUCACUUUGUGUGUAGAGCUAGCACACUGUACACAUACGCACACAUACAGGCUUGGUGAAAACACAUCUACACCCGUAUUUCCGGCUCAUCUCAAAGUGGUAAAAAUAGUAAAUUAUGAAAUGCAAUUAAAUCGUGUACAACUUUUAUUCAGGAAAGUUGUUUUGCUGCUCUGCCACACGUUAAAAAUCAGAAGCUUUGCCAAAGUCUACAUGCACAUACUAAAGUCGAUCUGGUUCAUACACACUCAGUAUUACUGUCACCGAGGGAUCUGAACCUUCAAGAUGUACAUCAUGUAGUUUGUCGACUUAAAAAAGGGUUGUACUAAAUAUCAUACUUUGCUUUAUACGGCUCUUUUCCAUCCAGGUUUUAUGAAGCUAAGUGAUCAUUUCCAACAUUUAUUCGGCCUUUCAUCUAGGGCCAUACGUUUUUUUUUUAAAUAUGCAGAUUACAUAAUUGCAAUUGGACAAUUCAAUAGUGAAUUAAAUUCAACGAAAAGAGCCAAACUUGAAAGAGCCAACUCAAAAUCUAGCUAAGAUUGUAGUGAAAUAUGUUGAAGUAGUGCCAUACAAUCCUCAUGCCUUCUGAAAGAAAACCCUUACUCUCUCCAAAUGUAAUGUAAGGAGACGCCUUAUUUUUUUGAGAUAUUUUGCUGUGAGUUAGACGAGAAAGAUUAAUACCACUGAUGUCCGUACGCUAAUUAUGAAGCCAACGUUACAGCUAGCAGGCAAUUAGCUUGGCAUGAAGACCGUUUGCUAACUCCCCGUAGAACGAUAACUUGACGUUUUUUUUUAUAUUAUGGUUUUCAUACAAAUUUAACUAAUGCGACAUAACGUUUGUAUUACAAAGCUUUAGAGGUGCUGCUUAGUGGAUUUUCACUUUGGGCCAAGCCCCACCGGGCUAGCUGUUUUCUCACACUUCCAGGCUUUUUGCGAGGCUUAGCUAACGGUCUUCAGGUGACGGGUUCAUCUUUAGCAUACUGACAUGAGAGUAGUGUCAAUCUCUGCAGCAAUUGAAUAAGCUUUUUUUUUUUUUCAAUAUCAUGAACAAUAUCACACACAUCAUGACACUCAUGACGCAACAGGGCUAGCUUAAGUAUUGAUACAUGCAGAGGAUGCGAGUCAUUUUUAAAGUGCAAGACUGUAAAACCAGCUCAGAAAUUUAUCCAAUUUUUUUUUACUAAAAUCCUAACAUUAACUUUAAAGAUGAUUUCAAAAACAACAUUUUGAUGGAUAACGUUUAAUUUAGUUCUUCAAGAAAAUUCUGACAGUGUGUUUUUUUAGCUAUGAAUUCACUUAUCUGUUUUGCUGACAAAACCAAGGCUACAUUGUUGAUCUCAGUGGACCGAUUAUCACGUCGUAACAUAAUUUCAGUUUUCACUCCAUUGUUGUACACAUAAUCAAUAAUCAGAUCAAACUUGUAACAAUGAUUGAUCAUUCUUUCAAAAUUGUGCCUUUGCAUUGUUCUCAAAUGAACUUCUAAUACUGGUGCCUUUAGUAAAAAAAUCAUUCACAACAACACCGAAACCUCAUUUCACCUCGUCUCUGAAAGCCGUUACCUGUCACCAACACAUCCAGCCAAAGUGGAUAACAAUUAUAGAUCCUUUGCAGAUCUAUGAACAUGAAACAAAUUGAUAUUUCAAAUGAAAUAGUGUAUUAUGUGCAUGUUUUUGGAUUACAAACAUGGUCUUUUUGGACAAUUGUAUAUGCUCUGUAAAUAAUCUUUAUUAUAUGGUAUACUGACACUCAUUGUGAGUGGGUUGUUGGGGGAUUCUGCCUUACAUGUCUUCUGCAAUCCAGUUUGUUUUAGUAUACAAAUAUAUAUAACGUGUAUUCGAUUUUUUUGUUUUUUCUCUUGCUGUAUAACAGUAGUUUUGUUUUAUUUGAAGCUUGUAUAUUUGUAGAAAAUCUGGUCUAUAUAUCCAUUUUCAUGUUUUAUUGUUAACUCCUCAUAUCAGGAUAAAUUAGUCAGUUGCCUACUUCAAAAGACGCUUUUCCCAGAAGCCUCAGAAACAAGGCAAUGUGUGCCUGUUGCUGAUUGGCUCCUGCUGACCAACACUGGGUUGAAAUCACAGCCAUUGUUGAGCAGUAUUAUUUUGUUCGAAAAACAGUGCAUUAUCACUUAAUUAACAGAAGCAAGACGGGAUUAUCCAAAGUAUUUCGUGAGCACACUACAGGAAGGUUCUUGAAAGAGCUUGUGGCUCUUCUGCUAUUCAUUCUUUGUUUGUACAGCUCUAGAGCUCUAUCUGGACACCUAUACACAGUAGUUCAUACAUAGUGGCUUAUCAUAGUGUGGUUUAUGGUGUAUAUCACCGCUAUCAUAGAAAAACUUUUUCAGCCCCGGUUUUAUAUCUGUGACAUUACUUGAACUGGAGAUUUCCACCGGCCUUAAAAUCAGCAAGCUUCAUGACCGAAAGGGUCCACGCAGCCCCUUCGGGACCCCUAUGAAUGUUCAAUAAUGGAUUGUUCCCAGUUUGAAAAUCUGGUUCCCUUGCUUUUAUAUUCUUCAUGAAUGUUUAGCUGUCACUUCAUUAGCCUCCUGCCGUCAGUGGCAUAUUCUGCUCGUCGGCGGUCAACAGCUUCGUCUCUUCCUCAGGUUAGGUUUUGUCUUUUUUAAAGUGCUCAUUUUAGAGAAGACGAAAUGCGACAAGUUUUUACUAGAACAAUCCCAGCACCACACCUCUACCCCUUCCUUUAGUAUCUCAGGUAUUCGUUCUGGAUGAAUAUUUCUUCUCACUUUUGGAAAAAUCUCUUCACCUCUUUUUGCAUGAUUGAGCCAAGCUGUACAAUGUUGCCGUAUUUUUGUGCUGGCAUAGAUGAGAAGUCGUCUUGUGGAUCUAUUAAAGCAGACAAGUCCCCAUCUAAUUGUGACAGUGUUCAGAAAGGAGUUGUACAGAACCACCUGCCCUAUUUUUAAAUGGACCUCUAUCCGUGGAGAAGCACUGGCUCGAUGUUUCUGCUUGUGUUCACAGUGUCUCUGCUUCCUGUGGAUCCAGCCGAACAGAGUUGUAAUUUUACCCAAACAAAAGGGGAUGUUUUUUUUUGUAUCAGUGAUGCUGUAUCAUUAUGAUGAACAAUAAAAAUGUGAAAUGAAAAA